UUGUCAAACUGAAACUGAUGUUCACGCGUGUUUUUCUGCUGAAAUAUUCACAGAAUUCAUGUUCUUUCAAAAAUUAUAUAAAUAAUUUCAUUGAACAAAAAGAGAAAUAUUAAAUUUUUGUCAUAAAACUGAUCAUCAGUGGUCUUUAGCCAUUUAUAUAGAUGUUUUUUAUCAUAACCUCAAAGUGGUCUCAGUAUUGAGGAUUAUCAAUUAAAAUGGAAAUUGGAGCAGUGAAACAAGCUUUCAAUAAUGAGCUGAUUCUGCUCAAAAAGAACCUGAACCAAGCUAGGAUCCAAAUAAUUCACAAGUUGACAAGAAAAGCUAAACAGUUGACAGAAAAGAAGGCUCCGGAUGCUCUCAAAGAGAAAAAUAAAAGAAAGGCGGAGUCUGCUGUGAGAGAAGUUUUGAUUAUAAAGAAAAUCAAACCUAGAGACAUUGGAAAGUUCAUAGUUACCCAUAAAGGUAAAUUACUGGAACAUUUGAACAAACCUGAAGUUGACAAUGACAAGGCUUGUGCCAGACUGCUACUGCAUAAAGCUAUGCAAGAGAAGUACAAUUUAAUUAGAAACAGGUUCUCUGACAUCCCAAUAAAAGAUCUUUUCAUGUCUAGACAAGAAAGAAGGAAGUUAAAGAAAGAGGAAAUGCAAAAGAAGAAGGAGAAAAGAGACAAAAAGAAAGCAAAAGGUAAUCUUGUAAAUGCAGAAGGUGAUUGGGAUGUUGAAGAAGUCAAAAAGGGUGAUGAUAAUGCGGCUGUAGGUGGUGACGAUGAUGUAGACAUAACUGACGAUGACAAGGCUCCGUCUGGUGAUGAAAAUGCUCAAGAGCCCUCUGAUGACGAAUAUGAACAUGCUGCUUCUGAAGAUGAAAAUGAACCUUCUGAACAAUCAGAACCAGAGUCUGAUGCAGGUUCAGAACACAACGUGAGCGGUGAUGAGUCUGAUGAUGACGAUGAUAAUGAAGGUGACGGUGAUAAGGUUGUAUCACAAGACGAAGAAGAAAAUGAUGAAGAAGUUGCAGAUUUCGAACAAUUUGUGAAAGCUCCACCUGCUAAAAAAGUAAAGAAGGCUGAAGAGCCUAGCGUUAAAAAACCCGUUAUUAAAUCCGUAGAAAUAAAACCAAGACCAGAUACAAUAAAUAAAAAUAAACCAGAUAAGAAAGACACAAGUAAAAACAAGAAUCUGAAGCAAAAGAUAUUUAACAAAAAAUUCAAAAAAGAUUUGGAUGAAACACCUAACUUAGAGAGAAAAGUAGUUGAUCCCUUCUUCAUUACAUCUAAUGGAGAGAACUAUAUGUCUGUAGCUGAACCAAGGCAGCCUGAUGAGUUCAAAGAAGAACACAGACAAGGGAACAGAAAACUCAGAAGAGCAGUCAUGUUUGGACAUGUUCCUAAAAUCAAACCUAGACAAGAUUUCAAACAGGAUAAUAAGUUUGAUAGACAAAACGGAUUCAUGAAAAGAUGUAAUUUCAAUGACAGAGCAGAGAAAAAUGAUAAAAAUGGUUUCCCGAAGCAUAAUAGGUUUAAUGAUAAUAAGUUUGAAGAUAAAAGAAAACCAUUAUUCAAUGAUAGGAAAGAAAGAAGUAAUCAAGAAGAUAGCAAGCCGGAAAAACUACAUCCUUCUUGGGAAGCUAAGAAGAAACAGUCAGGUAUUUUACCAUUCAAAGGUAAAAAGAUUGUCUUUGAUGAUAGUUAAGUGUAUUAGUGUAUAUUGAAUUUGUUAACUUUGUUAAUAAUAUUUCUUGUACAGUAAUUUGAUGUUUUUAAUUUUAUCUCAAUAUUAGGGGAAGACCCAUAAAUCCAUAAUUGAUGUUUUGUGUGAUGAUCAGUGAUCGUGAUAGGUAGUGCCAUUUGGGGUCAAUAACCGUGAAUGUUGUGGUUAAUAUGGAUAUGACUACGAGAUUUUUGAGAUUGCGAGAUUACUUUUUGUCAUUAUAUUUUGUAUAUGAAAUACCAUAAUUAGCCCUACUAAUAUUGAAAUGUGAAAUUUGUAGACCCAGACCAACAGUUAAAAUAAUAAUAAAUAAAAAAAAAACAUUAAAAAAUACGAAACAUACAAAUUACAAAAUAAAAAUAAAUGUGUAAUAAAAAUUUGAA